AUGCGUGUCCAAGCCGUCGCCGCCGUCGUCUUGUCGGCUUUUGCUAGUCAAGCUGUUGCUCAGGAUGCUCCCCGAGUCAACGACAACCCACCCGGUGUUGGAUACAAGGCUACGCUUCCCAAAGAGCCUUUCUUCAAGGAUACUGCGAUCGAUGGAAACGUGAAGGGAUUCGUCCACGCUCAAGCUUCCGACGAUGGCCAUGGUGUUGUCUUCAAGGUCGAGUUCAGUAACCUUCCUAAGGAGGGCGGACCUUUCACCUACCACAUCCACGUCGAGCCUGUCCCUGAGAAUGGCAACUGUACCGCGACUCUAGCCCAUCUCGACCCCUUUGCUCGCGGCGAGGAUCCUCCCUGUGACCCCAAGGACCCUGCGUCUUGCCAGGUCGGAGACAACAGCGGAAAGCACGGAAAGAUUGUCAGCGACCCUUUCAAGACGGAGUACGUUGACUACUAUGCCUCGACCAAGGAGGGCAUCGGCGCAUUCUUCGGCAACCGAUCUUUCGUGCUUCACUACGCCAACAAGACCCGUCUAACUUGCGCCAACUUUGUCUCCCAGAUCAAGCCUCCCGCCACCAACGAGUCUUACUCUGCCCCUGCUUAUCUCCCUACUCCUACCGAGACCGUUCCCCUGACGCCUACCCCUUCAGGCACCAGUGGUGGUGAGAAGCCCGUGUCGACCGAGACUGAUGUUGUCAGCCCCAACGGAGCUUCAUCAAUGGCGCUUCCAAUCAACUUGGCCCUGGCCGGUGUCUUCGCUCUUGCUUUGGUGAUGUAA